CUGCCUGGAGCUGCUGGGCCGGCGACCAGGGCUGCAAAAGUCAAUAUGGUCUCACAUGCUCCACCCAAACCCUCGCACGCGCCCUCCAACUCGCGCCCAUCGCAACCCUCGUCAAACACGCCCGGAGGCCACUCGAAAAAGUCGUCGUCGUCGUCGUCCCACCACAAUGGCCACCCCCGCGACCGCGACCGUGACCGCGACCGCGACCAGCGCCCCAGCAGAGAGGGCACCGCCCAAAAAGCCGCCCAAGAUGUCGCCGGCCUCAAGGACUACCAGCUGGGCGACUGCCUGGGCAAGGGCGCAUUCGGCAGCGUCUACCGCGCCCUCAAUUGGGGCACCGGCGAGACGGUCGCCAUCAAGCAGGUCCGCCUCGAGAACCUGGGCGCCGCCGACCUCAAGAACAUGGAGAUGGAAAUCGACCUGCUCAAGAACCUCAACCACCCCAACAUUGUCAAGUACCACGGUUUCGUGAGGAGCUCAGAAAGCCUGUACAUUAUUCUCGAGUACUGCGAGAAUGGCUCGUUGCACAGCAUCUGCAAGAACUUUGGCAAAUUCCCCGAGAACCUCGUCGCCCUGUACAUGUCCCAGGUCCUCCACGGCCUCCUCUACCUGCACGAGCAGGGUGUCAUACAUCGCGAUAUCAAGGGUGCCAACAUCCUGACAACAAAAGAGGGCUUGGUCAAACUGGCAGACUUUGGUGUGGCCACAAAACAGUCGGGUCUCGACCAGUCGAGCGUCGUGGGCACGCCCUACUGGAUGGCCCCAGAGGUCAUUGAGCUUUCUGGCGCCACCACCUCGUCAGACAUUUGGAGUUUGGGAUGUACUGUCAUCGAGCUGAUAGAGGGCAAGCCGCCGUAUCAUAAGCUACAACCCAUGCAGGCCCUUUUCAGAAUUGUCAACGACGAGCAUCCGCCCAUUCCCGGCAGUGCUUCUCCACUCCUGCGUGAGUUUCUCAUGGAAUGUUUCCAGAAGAACCCCACUCUUCGUAUCUCCGCGAAACGCCUAUUGAAGCACCCAUGGAUUCUUAGCGCGAAGCGCACUGUCCCUGCCGUACCCACAAAGCCUACAGAAUAUCAAGAAGCAGUCAAGUCUGUGCAGGAGUGGAAUGAAGCAUUGAAGUCGCCCAACUCUCUGCGCAGAAGUUCCCGCCUUGUUCACGGUGGGCAAAAGUCGUCACCCGGCCCCGGCGCUGCGUCCCGCAGGCCAGCCGUCAAUGUAAACCUCAACAUAUCCAAGCACAGACCUAGCGCAGAAUCGUUCCGCUCGCCAGAGUUGGAUCACGAUGACAAUUGGGACAAGGACUUUGCCGAAAGCAUAUCGCCCCGUGCCCUGCAGAUGCCUCACCUCAAGCCCCAGGACAACUUUGGUGGUCUUUUCUCCGGCGACAGGCUCAAGGCCUUUGCCAGCUUUGAGUCGGUAGCCGAGAUGACUGAUUAUGGAGAUGGUGAGGCCACGGUUAAGAGUCCGAAGAGCAUGCAACAGUACCAGGGUGCUUCAAAAGCGUCCGGCCAGAGAGCAAAUGAAAGAGCAAACGGCAAAUCUAGCAGCGCCAGUCGGUCGUCCACGUCGGUAUCUAGCGCUACUGAUUCAGAGUAUGAGGAGAGGCAUGAUUUACAACCAAGAACAGCGUUUCUUCGUGCAAACCCAAGGUCCAUGCAGCCUUCGAGGCCGAGGACCGCUGCUCCAGCGCGACCUAGCCAAUUGUUUCGUGAAGACACAAUCGAGGAUUACUCAGAUCUUAUGCCGGCUGAUGAAGGCGCCUUUGAGCGCAAACUGGCAGCCAUGCAGUACGCUCAGCCACCAGCUAUGCAGCCCAAGCAAAUAGCUGCUGCCAACAACUCGCCGUCUGACAACUUCUCGCCCCGGUUGUUCCAUCCAAACGAUUUAAAAGCAGGCCCAAAAUCAACACGAGAUUUGAAGGCAAAUGGAUCCUUUCAUCAGCGAUCAGCGAGUUCGACCUCGAAUCGCAAGUUGCACCGGACGCAGUCUCAGAUUGAAAUUCAAAAAUAUGCCGAGGACGAUAGAGAUGAUUUCUCUGACGUAUUUGGCGAUAUCAAAGGUCACCUCGCUAAUCCCGUUCGAGCAGAAAGCGACAGCGGAAGCGAACACAGUAGUCUUGCCAUGCUCACAUCGAAAAUGGCAAGCUCAUUCACCAUUGCCGACGAAGAUGACCUGGACCCGUUUGCGAACCUCGAUGAGGGUCUAGACAACAUCAACCUGGAAAAUAAUGUUGCGCGCGACCGAGACGAUCGACUGACAAAGAUGACGGAAGGGCUUGUCGGCUGCUUGAAGACCAGUCAGCCAGACGACGAGCUACUUGAAAUUGCAGACCAACUGCUACAAGUUCUGCAUGAAUCGCCAGACAAGCGGUCCAUCAUUCUGCGGAGCCAUGGCAUGCUGCCUAUUUUGGAAAUUCUUGGGACCAGGCCGCACAACGAGGUAGUGCUGCCACUUCUGAAGAUCAUCAACCUCAUCAUCCUGGAGGAUGCCGAGUCACAAGAGAGCUUGUCUUUCCUUGGAGGAAUCCCAACCAUCUGCUACUUUGCUUCGAAAAAGUUCCCUAGUGACAUUCGGAAAGAAGCUGCAGCAUUCGUGCGACAGAUGUACCAGACAAGUACCUUGACGCUUCAGAUGUUCAUUGGAUGUGGUGGCAUCAACGUGCUUGUUGAAUUCUUGGAAGAGGACAUUGACGCCGAGCGUGACCUCGUGCUCAUUGGUGUCAAUGGCGUGUUUGGUGUGUUUGAAUUGCAGGGACCCACACCGAAGAACGACUUUUGCCGCAUAUUCUCAAGAUCAAGCGUGCUGUAUCCGCUCAGCCUGGUCUUGAACCGCAUGGUCGAGGAAGACGGAGAGGUCGCGCGCCUCAUUGUGGGUAGGAUUGUGCAAAUCUUCCUCAUCUUUUCACAGGCAGAGAGUCACGUCAAGGAUCUCGUGGCGGAUCGAAUGAUCUUGAAGCGCGUUCUCAAAGACCUCCGCAAAAUGGCUCCGCCGCACCAAAUUACUAUGCUCAAGUUCAUCAAAAACCUCAGCUCGCUUUCGUCGACCCACGAAGCCCUCCAAAAUUCCAAUGCAAUCGACAUCCUGAUCGAACUACUCAAAUCCACAAGGUCAAGGGACUCACUGAGCCGCAGCCAAAACAGGUCUACAUCUGAUCCCAAACGCUUACCACCUUUCCACCGUGAAAUCUCGAACCAGAUUCUCAACACCAUGUAUAACUUAUGUCGACACAACAAGAGCAGGCAGGAGGAGGCUGCGCUGUCGGACAUUAUUCCGCUGCUCAAGGACGUCGUGCGUGAGGGUGGUCCGCUCAAGGAGUUUGCUCUGCCGGUGCUGCUUGAAAUGGUCAACUCUGGCAAGGUGGCGCGUAAGAUGCUUUGGGAUGCCAAGGGUCUCGCGUUCUAUGUUUCACUACUGGGCGACCGCAACUGGGCAGUAACUGCUUUGGAUGCUAUUUUUGUUUGGCUCCAGGAAGAGACGGCUCGUGUCGAGCAAUACCUCCUUUCACCCCAAUCGAGCUUCACGGCUGCCAUCAUCUCCGCCUACACCUCGGCUGAUUUGCCGCACUCCACCUUUGAGAAUAUGCUCGAGCCUCUACAAAAAGUCGUCCGCCUGUCGCCACCUAUCGCUGCGUCGCUCGCCGUCCCAGAGAUUUUCAGCCGGACUGAACAGAAACUUGGACACAAGGAUGCUGUAACGCGUCUGAACUUCCUUCGUAUCCUGCGGACAAUUUGUGAUGCAAAGGACGAAGGGUGCUGGCUAGUACGGGCCUUCGGAUGCUAUGAGCGCAUCACCUGGCUCAUGGAACACGACUCUGCUGUCCUGGUGCGACAGAUGGCCGAAGAGCUUAUCCGAGCCUGCGAUGAAGUAGAGCUUUCGGGUAUCAACAAGGGUUCCAAUGGCAAGCGGAGCGUUAGUCGCGCUUCCACUGCAGGCCUGAACCUACGGCGUCCAGCUUCGUCAGCUGGCCGGCGCGAUGGCUCAGGUUCAAGCUCAGGAUCUACCUUGAUUGGUAGCGGCAUGGGCUUAACGCCACCUACACCCAAUUCUCUCAAGAAUACAUUUAUGCUGCCACCCAUGAGUGGCACACCAACAUCGCUUGGGAGUGGCCGCGAUCGUAUCGGGCGCUCCCAAUCCUCAACAACCAUGUGGGAUCUCGCCGAAGACCCCACGACAGACCUCCCUCCUUCAUCAGGCCGUUCUAAAACACCUUCUCUAGUACGCAGCUCCACAUCUUUUGCAGCUCUCCAAAGUAGUGCGGGCACGCCAAAUGCGGCCCGUACACCGUCGCGUCCACCCUCACGCGACGCUGCGACGUCGCUCGCUCGUAUAGAAGCCAAUAACGCUAAUAACGCAAACUCCAAAUCCAAUUCUCGCCUUCCCAAAGCACGACAGGGCCGCCUCAGCGAGGCUGUAAUUAGGAGACGGCAAAGCGUGGUAGGUGAAAACGAUGCCACAACCAAUGGUGCGCCGACACCACCACCACCGAGCGCUGCACCGCCCCUUCCGCGACUCCAGAUUGUAAGACGUAGAAGGGAGACGAGCGGCGGGGAGAUGAGUACCCCGGUGCGAAAAGGAGCUGCGGAUUAG